GAAGUAAGCUUUUGCGGCUUCCUCUACACCGACUUCUGGGCCGGUUUGGCUUCUGAGUUAGAAUUAGGGAGUAGUGUUCUUUGAAAAGCUGCAGAGGCAGCCGAAAAGAGACUGGGGUCUGACAUCUUGGGGAGCAUUUGGCUGACGAAGAGCGAAAGCUGUUGACUUGGAGGCUCAGAGGAGGAAGGGGGUCGGCCUCCUGGAGGAAAGAAUGGUCUCUAUGGCUUUGCUUCUAGAACAAGGAUCCUAGAAAAAGGAUUCCAAGUUCUCCAGUCGGGUUUGAAAACGUUUGUGGGCUUUGUUGUGGUCCAGUUUCUAGUUCUGUUCUACUGACCUGGAAAGUUCGUUGUUUUUCUUUUCAUUAAGGGGAGAAAAUGUUAAUUCCUCAGGAAUGUAUUGCAUGAAGCAAUUCAACCUUAACUUUUACUACUUGAGAAUGAUAUUUUUAAGUGUAACAUAGCAGAUUAUACACAGAAGAAACAUUGACUCUAUUUUAAAGUGGAGCAGAGGGUUUUUCGGGAUAGCCUUUGGCCACCUUUGCGUUAACCUUUUGGCUGCUCCUUUUUGCAAAGAUGAGCGCCGGUCCGUUCUCCACUCCCUCCGACCGGGAGCGGCGAGUCCGGAGCACCCUGAAGAAAGUCUUUGGGUUUGAUUCUUUUAAAACACCUUUACAAGAGAGUGCGACCAUGGCUGUAGUGAAAGGUGACAAGGAUGUGUUUGUGUGCAUGCCCACAGGGGCAGGGAAAUCGCUGUGCUAUCAGCUCCCUGCCCUGCUGGCCAGAGGGAUCACCAUUGUAAUCUCUCCUCUCAUUGCCUUGAUUCAGGACCAGGUAGACCACUUGCUGGCCUUGAAGGUACAAGUUAGUUCUCUGAACUCAAAGCUCUCGGCACAGGAGAAGAAGGAGCUGCUGUCUGACCUGGAGCGAGAAAAACCUCGGACCAAACUUUUGUACAUUACCCCGGAGAUGGCAGCUUCAGCCUCCUUCCAGCCCACCCUGAAUUCCCUCAUGUCCCGAAACCUGCUCUCCUACUUGGUGGUGGAUGAAGCUCAUUGCGUUUCCCAGUGGGGGCACGACUUCCGCCCUGACUAUUUGCGUCUGGGUGCCCUACGUUCCCGCCUGGCACAUGCCCCAUGUGUGGCUCUGACGGCUACAGCCACCCCACAGGUUCAAGAGGAUGUGUUUGCUGCCCUGCACUUGAAGCAGCCAGUGGCCUCUUUCAAGACUCCCUGUUUCCGGGCCAACCUCUUCUAUGAUGUGCAGUUCAAGGAACUGAUUCCUGACGUCUAUGGCAAUCUGACAGACUUCUGCCGGAAGGCUCUCGGACAGAAGGCUGAUAAUGGGUCGUCAUCUGGCUGUGGCAUUGUCUACUGCAGGACCAGAGAAGCUUGUGAACAACUGGCCAUUGAGCUCAGCAGCAGGGGUGUGAACGCCAAGGCUUACCACGCAGGCCUGAAGGCUUCUGAUAGAACACAGGUACAGAGUGAUUGGAUGGAGGAGAAGGUCCCUGUAAUUGUUGCAACGAUCAGUUUUGGGAUGGGAGUGGACAAAGCUAAUGUCCGGUUUGUUGCUCAUUGGAAUAUUGCCAAGUCCAUGGCUGGCUACUACCAGGAGUCUGGCCGUGCUGGCAGGGAUGGGAAACCAUCUUGGUGCCGCCUGUAUUACUCUAGGAAUGACCGGGACCAAGUCAGCUUCCUUAUCAGGAAGGAACUAGCCAAACUCCAGGAAAAGAGGGGGAACAAACCAUCUGAUAAGGCCACCCUGCUGGCCUUUGAUGCCCUGGUGACCUUCUGUGAAGAAGUGGGGUGCCGCCAUGCUGCCAUUGCUAAGUACUUUGGGGAUGAGCCACCCGCCUGCGCCAAAGGCUGUGACUACUGCCAGAGUCCUGCAGCCAUAAGGAAGAAGCUCGAUGCCCUGGAGCGCAGCAGCAGCUGGAGCAAGACCUGCAUCGGGCCCCUUCAGGCGGAUGGCUUUGAUCCUGAGCUGUAUGAGGGAGGCCGCAGGGGCUAUGGGGGCUUCAGCAGGUAUGAUGAAGGUUCUGGAGGUAGCGGUGAGGAGGGCCGAGAUGAGGCCCACAAGCGGGAGUGGAGCCUUUUCUAUCAGAAACAGAUGAGCUUGCGCAAGGGCAAAGAGCCUAAGAUAGAAGAAUUCACACCCCCAGAUGAAGACUGUCCCUUGAGAGAUGCUUCAAACAGGAAGAUCCCUAAGCUCACAGUGAAGGCCCGUGAGCACUGCCUGAGACUUCUGGAGGAGGCUCUGAACAGUAACCACCAGGCUGCAGGUUCCACUCAUGGAGCUGACCUGCAGGCCAAGGCUGUGGAACUGGAGCAUGAGACAUUUCGAAAUGCCAAAAUGGUCAAUCUGUACAAGGCCAGUGUUCUGAAGAAGGUGGCUGAGAUCCACAAAGCCUCCAAGGAUGGGCAGCUCUAUGACAUGGAAGGCAGCACCAAGAGCUCUGGGGCCGCACAUGAGCUCUUGGAGCCGAGCGACUAUGACAUCCCACCAACCUCACAUGUGUACUCGCUCAAACCCAAGAGAGUAGGAGCUGGCUUCUCCAAAGGCCCCUGCCCAUUCCAGACAGCCACAGAGCUGCUGGGGAAGUCUCAGUCCCAGAAGCAAGCCCCAGAGGCUGCGCUGGAAGGUGAACUGGAGCCCCCAGGCUGGGUCUGUGACCUUCAAGAUGAAGACAGGGACAAGCCCCACCCUGGGUACCAAGAAGAGGCUUCUGGAAGCAGUGUUAAUUGUGGGGAUCCCUCGCCUGAGAAGAGAACAAAAGGGCAGUCUUCCCAGGGCAGUGCCAAGUCUAGAGCCAGCAAGAAACAGCAGCUCCUAGCCACAGCAGCCCGCAAGGAUUCCCAGAGUAUCACUCGAUUCCUCUGUCAAAGAACACAAUGCCCACCUCUCCCUGCCUCAGUCCCACAAUCAGAAGAUGGCAGCCCCUCCUCUGGGGAUGUCCCAAGGAAGUGCACAGAAGAGGUUGGAGCCCAGGAUCAUUUGGUUACUGUAUUUCAGAUUGAGUGUCCCAGGGAGAAGCCAAGCACCUGCUCACUGGGAGACCAGAACUUUCCAGAAAGUCAGCCUAGCCCUCUAAAGGAAACCCAGGCAAACAAGCGGCCCAGACCACAGCAGGGGAACCCAGCUCAGAAGAGGCUUCGCCCCUCAACCCAGUCCUCCAUCUUGGCUGAGGCCAAGGGCAGUGCCUUGACCAGUGAUCCCAACACCGAGAACAAAGUGGCUCGAGAACCUUGCCAGCUCUCAGCGUCUGGCAUCUCCCUGAAAGAGGCUGCUGAUGUUGUGGUCAGGUACCUGACCCCCUUCUACAAGGAGGGCAGGUUUAUAUCCAAGGACUUGUUUAAGGGCUUUGCCCGCCACCUGUCACAUUUGCUGGCUCAGCAGCUCUCUCCUGGAAAGAGUGUGAAAGAAGAGGCCCAGAGCCUCAUCAAGCAGUUCUUCCACAAUCGUGUCCAGUGUGAGAGUGAGGCUGACUGGCAAGGCCUGUGUGGCCCGCAGAGAUGACCUGCAGCUCCCUCCUGCCCUCGGUGCCGCAGGCACCAGCUUCCUCAGGGUCUUUUUCCCCACGCCCAAACCUCACUUUGGAGGUGUCGCUAGACACCCAGAGGAAGUGGAAGGUCAGAGGUCAGGCCACCUUCCUAUUUAAAUCCUUCGUGGUCCUUUCCCACAGCCUGCUUCUCCUGGCCUUCAUGGUCACAUCUCAGAUUAAAAAGUCCAGAUAAUAUGGCUGCUGUGGGGGUGGGGGUGAGGGGAGCCAAUGGGCCUCCUAUACAAUAUUGUACCCAAGUUCUCUACCAGGGUAAGGCCCAUUCUGGUCCUCCACUACCCUCUUCCAUGAGAUGCCAGGCGGUAGGCCUUAUCCUAGCAGAGCUCACUGGGAGAGAAGCAGGGUUCUCCAAGCCCUGAGCUCUGCUGGUCAGGAAGGCCAGGCCCAAGUGAGAUAUUUGCGAGAAUAAAGUCCUCCUCGUGGAGACACAUGCUCACACA